AGAUCCAUGGUGCGACCUUUGUCUUUCCUCGGUCGCUGCAAUUUUAACUCAACUACUGACGAACCAUGGCUGACGACCCGACUCUCACUAUCCGUGCCUUCGACCGCCACUGUUUUGGUGCAGUUUGCCACUGCGACUGGCGACUCACCCUACAAGACUGUGAGGAGACUACAGCAAUGUGGUAUAUAAACAUUCUAAACGUUGCAAUUUCUGGAUUAGGAUGUCUCAUAGGAAUCGCACUCUUGAUUCACAGAAUCGGUCUUAAAGGUCAUACUCUAUGGAGCCAUAGAGGAUCGGGUCGAGGGCUUUUACGCCCCAAACCCGUUGAUUGUAUGCUUUCGUUUUUUGUACUAUUUGAUGGAGCUCGACUGGCAACUAGUGUGGUGCUCGUUACAGACGCUGGGGCUGGGAAUUUACUGGCUCGCUCAAUUCUUUACGAGCUUCCGUGGUCCUUUGGAAUGGCGGGCAUUACUAUGUACUUGCUUGGCAUUGCCCAAACAAUUUCUCAGAGUAACUCCGCCUCCGGCUGGCUGCCGUCACCGACAGUUGUCGAUAUCGUGGGCAUUAUCGCGCUGCUUUCACCACUGAUCGGUAUACCGUUAACCUUAGCAGCAGGUUCAAUAGUGCACGAUGAUCAACAAACAGCUGAGCUAUUAAUCCGCGUAAGCUACUGCAUCUGGUUUAUAUGGACAGGAGGUUUGGGAACUGCAGUCCUCUUUGCAGGUGAUCGCCUUGUCCGUAUAUUAAGAUCCCAUCACAAAAAGCUACGUCAAGGUUCAGAUGACACUGCUGUGAAGGCUGGUAUUUUGAAAAUACAAGUGGCGGUGGCCGCAUUUUCUAUAUGUUUAUGGAGCUUUGCCUUAGUCUUACUCCUGUAUGGGAUUCUGCGAAAUCAAAUCAUGGAAAAUACUAUCGGUAGUAUUUUCCUUGGUACCGCAUGGAAUCAAUUUGCAGGAGUUACUAUCUUGAUAGUUGAGAUAUCAAUUAUGGCCAGCUUCAAAACGGGCAAAAACGCGGCGCUAAGAUCUAAGAAAUCCACGGAUGGAAGCGGCAGUGACAAUACAGCAACAAGUACCACGCAGCCUGAUCGGCGUGUUGGAGGUCAAUCCACAAUUGGUGCCAUGUCUGCUACGAUUCAAGGCGACAAUGAGGCUAUUCUGCAUGCUCUCAAGACAAAUAAUGGUGACGUUCAUUAUAAUCAACAACAGUAUCAUCAAAACGAACCGCCAAAAAUCAACAAAACAAGUUUCUUCAGCAGAAACCCAACAAAGCGGCGACAAUCUGAAGCAUCCUCGCAAAUGGAAUUGACAUCUUAUGAGCAUCACUGAUCGCUUAUUUUUUAUACACACACUGCAUUUCAUAUAUAUCCUUCCAACUUAGACACAAACCAUCCGUAUACCUCUAAUAUGAUAGAUGCCAAAUAGAUCACCAUUAUUGAUUCAAUCACUAUACUUCCU